GAACUCAACUCGCUCUGCGACCCUGUGACUAGCCAACUUUGAAACCAAAAAACUUCUAUCCAAAAUUCUGUACAUGAAUAACAAUAACACACCAAACAUGCCAGGACUGAAAGUUGUUGCUCUGAUCUCAGGGGGCAAAGAUUCUUUCUUCUCAAUCCUCCACUGCCACGCCAAUGGCCACGAAGUCGUCGCUCUUGCAAACUUGCAUCCGCCAGCCCAGGAUGGCGAGCGCUCCGAGGAUAUCGACAGCUACAUGUACCAAACUAUAGGCCACACCGUCAUUCCGCUUUACGAACAAGCACUUGGACUCCCACUCUACAGACAGGAAAUUUGGGGUGAAGCCGUGGAUCAGAACAAAAGCUAUGCCUCACCGAAUACUGCUCAAUCUGUGGAGCAGGAUGAGACGGAGAGUCUGGUACCGCUGUUGAGAAAGGUUAUGGCUGAGCACCCAGAGGUCAAUGCCGUCAGUACUGGAGCUAUUCUAUCAGACUAUCAACGUACCAGAGUGGAAUCUGUGGCUAUUCGUCUCGGUCUCGUGCCUUUAUCCUACCUUUGGCAAUAUCCAUUCUUGCCUCCAUAUGCCGAGACUUCCCUGCUUGAUGAUAUGGCUGCUGCAGGACAGGAUGCCCGUAUCAUCAAAGUAGCCUCUGGAGGUCUUGAUGACAGCUUCUUAUGGGAAAAUGUGGCUAGCUUCCGCACUAAGACUAAACUUGUGAGAGCAAUGGAGAGGUUCGGUAUCAUUGGUGACGGUGCUGCGCUUGGCGAGGGAGGAGAAUUUGAGACGCUUGCUGUAGACGGACCUUGGCCGCUAUGGAAGAACUCGAUCCAAAUUGAGGACGAGGAUAGAUUGGUCGUUACAGGAGAGGCGGGUGCUGCGUCUUUGAAGAUCAAGACUGCGAGUCUGGUGCCGAAGGAGCCGUCCUCGGAUUUCUCAUACGAGCAAUUGCGAAAACCAACAACUCUGGAUGAUAAGUUUGCGACUCUGGGAUCACAGAUAGACGACACCACCGAGCACAAAUCGACUUCCGACGAACUGGCAGUGGGAACCGAGGCACUCAGCACAACAUCGGGAUGGAUAAUUCAGAAAACAGAUACCAGCACAAUCAUCUCGAACGCCAUGGCAGAAGGAGCUACAGCGGGAGAACAGAUGUCUAAUAUCAUGACACGCCUAACCAAAGACCGCAAAAUCAACCCCUCCUCGAUCGCCUUCACCACAAUCCUCCUCCGCGACAUGUCUACCUUCGGCUCCGUGAACCAAGCCUACGGCUCCCACUUUACAACACCCAACCCACCGGCCCGAGUAACAAUAGCAUGUGGCAGCAGUCUCCCCAACAACACACACGUUUCUCUCUCAACCAUCAUCCUCAACGAUGAAGUCGCCAGUCAGAAGCAAGGUCUCCACGUGCAAUCACGCUCCUACUGGGCCCCAGCAAACAUCGGUCCUUAUUCCCAAGCCAUCGUCAUGCCAUCCUCUGCUCCCUCAAGCCUCCCGCAACAAAUCCACAUCGCAGGUCAAAUUCCCCUACACGCACCUACCAUGGAAUUCCCCACCCAAGGAGACAUGAGUCCAGCAAAACACUUUACCACCCAAGCGAUCCUAGCACUCCAACAUCUCUGGCGCAUCGGACAAAUCAUGCACGUCUCUGAUUUCCUAGGCGCUGUAGCGUUCAUCUCUGCUUCCUCUCCAGUCUCCGCUUCCUCUCGCGUCCAUACCGCUAUCAAAGCGUGGAAUCUCGCACAUGAGAAACCUGCAGUCGAUGACCAGGACGAAGAUGAGGAAUCGGCUGAUAUCGAUCUCUGGGAUCGCGUGCAUGGCCAACAAUUCGGCAAUGGCAGUGCGGCGACGACAUAUACGCAAAGAAAAGAUAUCGGAGCAAAGGGGGAAAGUGUACCUCCUUGUUUUGUGGCGGAGGUGGAGAGUUUGCCUAGGGAUGCGCCUGUCGAGUGGGCUAGUACUGGUGUGAGAUAUGCUGGUGAAAUCGAGGUUAAAGAAAUUGUGGAAGAUGUUUGUACGAGGCAGACUUUGAACAUCAAGUCUGGACUUGAGGAAGUGGAGAUUGCUGGUUGGAUUGCUGUGAACAGCGUUGAUGCUUUGGAAAAGGUGGAAGUGCCAGCAUCAUACGUCUGCACUGUCUACACAACUCAGAUCUUGCCCGGAGCAUGGGUCAAGGAGAGACAACCUACCAUUGUGCCUUGCUACAGGCUCUGGAACGGUCAGGGACAGAGAGUAGCUGCUGUUGUGGCAUACAGACAACAGUGAUAAAAGUCACAGGAUGACAAGAAUCAGGGGUAUAUAACAAGAUUGUAUUCUCUCAUCGUCUCCCAAAACCUCUAACCUCUCUUCGGCCC